AUGCAAGAACCUCGAAAAGAUGUGUCGUUACGGCCUCCCACGGGAAUGAUACAUGUCAUCCUCGCCGCCCCAGGAAGAACCGGCUCCUUUCCUUCCAGGGUGCUAUCCGUGGCGCGACUCUCUGCCGAGGACAGGGAAAAAGAGUGUAAGAGAUUUAAAAAGGGAAGCCCUUUAAUAUUAGGAUUCUUGGACGAAGAUAAGAGGGGAACUAUCCAACCUCACGACGAUGCCUUAGUCAUUACACUGAGGAUCGGAGGUUUCGAUGUGAAGAGGGUACUGGUAGACCCGGACAGUGCGGUAGAGGUAAUGUACCCCGAUCUAUACAAGAGGCUGAACUUAAGGCUCGAGGAUUUGACGGCUUAUGACUCUCCUCUUAUCAGUUUUGAGGGAAAGACAGUUGUACCAAAAAGGCAGAUCAGAUUACCCAUCAAGACCGGGUCAGAGGUAGUAGAGGUGGACUUUAUCGUGGUCGAUGCCUACUCGCCCUACAUGGCGAUAGUGGCCAGGCCAUGGAUCCAUGCCCUAGAGGCCGUGUCUUCCACACUUCAACAAAAGGUUGGCUCGGAGUUGCCUCCUCAAAAGAAAGAGGAGCUGGUCGGGUUUCUGAGGAGAAAUGUUGAUGUAUUUGCAUGGGAUGCUUAUGAUGCCCCGGGGGUUGACCCUAAUCUCAUUUGUCACCACUUGAAUGUGAACCCAUUCUCCAUUCCGAAGAAGCAACCACCCCGACAUCCCUCAAAAGAACAUGCCAGUGUCGUUAGAGACGAAAUGACAAAGCUGAAAAGGGCAGAGGCUAUCAAAGAAGUCUUUUACCCUGAAUGGCUGGCAAAUACGGUGGUGGUAGGAAAGAAAAUGGGGAAGUGGCGAGUCUGCGUGAACUUCACAGAUUUGAACAAGGCUUGCCCGAAAGACCCAUUCCCGUUACCUCGAAUUGACCGACUGGAAGACAUGGAUGGAAAAUCGGUUGGCACAAUCUCAGCACGUGAGAUCUUGUGUUGGAAAGUCUACGUGGACGGCGCGGCCAACCAAAGAGGAUCUGGAAUUGGGCUAGUUCUAAUAUCGCCCGAAGGUAUUGCCAUUGAAAAAUCACUAAGACUUAGGUUCUCGGCUACGAACAACGAGGCCGAGGCCGAGUACGAAGCUUUACUUCAAAGAAUGAUGAUGGUUCAAAAAUUGGGAGGAAAGGCAAUGGAAGUGUUCUCGGACUCAAGAUUGGUCAUUGGCCAAGUGAUGGGUGAGUUAGAAGCUAGAGAUGCUAGAAUGCAAGAAUAUCUCGGUCGAGUCAAACGCCUGUAG